ACAUGCUGCGACUCCUCGCUGGUUCUUCUGUUUUCGUCCGUAGAGCGACACUCGGCGCUUCUCGCCGUAAAAUCUCGACAUGUGGAUUCGCGACGUUUUCCAGCAACGUCGCAAACACACUGAGGCCCCGCACGGGGUACCACUCUCCACUCUUCACUUCCGGAUAUGCAAACGUCGCCGGCGGAAGCAGAGCAGUGGGACUGUGGCUUGCAGGGUGUGCCAGCAUGGUUGUGGGAUCAGUGAUACUUGGUGGCAUAACUAGACUGACCGAGUCAGGCCUCUCAAUGGUCGACUGGCACUUACUGAAGGGAAUGAAGCCUCCGUGGACGGAAGAAGAGUGGGAGGAGGAAUUCAAAAAAUAUCAGAAAUAUCCAGAAUACAAAGUUGUGCACCGGGAGAUCACACUGUCGGAGUUCAAGCGGAUCUUCUAUAUGGAAUAUGCUCAUCGUAUGUGGGGUCGUGCGAUCGGCGUCGCGUUUGCGAUACCCGCCGCAUACUUCUGGCUUCGAGGACGGAUGCCACGGAGUAUGAAGCCGCGGGUACUAAUCUACGGCAGUCUGUUGCUAUUCCAAGGUCUUCUCGGCUGGUUUAUGGUCAAGAGCGGACUGAAAGAAAACCCGGAAUCUGUAGACACGGUGAGGGUCAGUCAGUACAGAUUGGCAGUUCAUUUAGGUUCAGCACUCAUCCUCUACUCGUUACUCUUCUGGUCUGCUCACACGUUGCUGUUUCAGCCGGAAAUGCUCCACGAAACGAAGUGUUUGCAUCGAUUGCGACGUGCGACACACGUGGGUAAGGCGGUUGUGUUUCUCACGGCUCUCUCUGGUGCGUUCGUAGCCGGACUCGAUGCUGGACUCGUCUACAACUCUUUUCCUAAAAUGGCCAAUCGUUGGAUCCCAGAUGACAUCACAGCUCUUGACCCGAAAUGGAGGAAUGUGUUUGAAAACCCGACGACCGUCCAGUUCAACCAUCGUGUGUUAGGAACUGCCACGUUGGUUGGUAUUCUUGGUAUCUGGCUGAUGGCGAGGCCUGUUGGUCUGCCACGUCGGGCACGUUUGGCAGUCAAUUGUUUGGCGGGAAUGGCCGGCGUUCAGGUGAGUCUCGGAGUAGCGACUCUGCUGUGCUACGUUCCUGUCUGGAUGGCAUCGUUGCAUCAGACUGGGUCUGUGCUCGUGCUCACUGCUGUGUUAUGGCUAUCGAGAGAACUGAAAAUGCGAACCGUAAAAUAG